AAGUCUACUUAACGAUGUCCUUGAAUAGAAUCUCCUUAUCUCGUAAUUAAUCAAGCGUUACCCUUGUGCAGCUCGUGUCACGAAUUAUUCGCAAACAAGAGUCUCCAAAAUACGCCCGAUAUUAUGGCGAAAAAAGUGAUUAUGCGAUAAAAUAAUUCUUUGGGCGAGUUUGGCCACUGGGUUUGGCGGACGAACUCAACCCACGCUUAAUAUUUAUAGAAAAUAUUCGCUAGUUUGGUAAAAACUAAAAAAAGACAAAAAUAUUCUUUUGCAUUUGCUAAAGGCCACUCUGUGAUAAUAAGCAAAACAGGUUUGAUAGUGAUGUCGGUGCUAUCUAUAUCGUGACUGUCAAUAGAGAUGCGAAAGUUCUUUUGGCUGUUACUACUCACAAAUCAAGGGUAACAUUUUGUACAGGUGUUAUGACAGAAUCGGGUCAGUUGCAAGAAAACGGUCAAAGCCAUAUUUUUAGCAGCUUCAGUGGCCGCAAUUACAGAAGAUGGUCACGAUCCGUGACAUUUUGAAAAGUCUACUGCUCUUUCACGUCCUGAUAGAGAGCCCUGCGAAGGCCAUCACUCCGAUCGUGUUAUGGCAUGGUUUAGGCGAUACCUGUUGCAAUCCCCUAAGUCUCGGUGGCUUCGCCACGUACUUGCAGAAACAAUGUAACGGAACGAAGGUGGUGUCCCUAAAAAUUGGCUCAAACUUUCUUGAGGAAAUGCGGAGCUCAUACUUUAUGAACAGCAAUCUCCAGGUUGCUCAGGCUUGUAAGCAGAUCCGACAGGACCCUGACCUGGUGGACGGUUACCACGCUAUCGGUUUUAGCCAAGGUGGCCAGUUCUUAAGGGCUGUCGCACAGCGCUGCCCUGAUCCACCAAUGAAGAUUUUGGUCUCUCUCGGCGGUCAACAACAGGGUGUCUUUGGUUUUCCCCGAUGCCCAGGUUCAUCUUUUACGCUAUGCAGCUACGCUCGGCGUCUACUAGAUUACGGCGCAUAUUGGUCCUGGGUCCAGAACGAGAUUGUGCCUGCACAAUACUGGCAUGACCCCUUAGACGAAAAGACAUACAAAGAAAAGAGCAUCUUCCUUGCAGACAUCAAUAACGAGAAAACUAUCAACGAAACCUACAAGGAAAAUCUGAUUAAACUUCAAAAACUUAUCCUGGUUAAGUUUGGAGCGGACACCAUCGUACAGCCGCGCGAAAGCUCCUGGUUUGGGUGGUACAAACCUGGCCAGGACAAAGAAGUGAUGGACUGGAAACAAACAGCACUCUAUACUGAGGAUUGGAUCGGCCUUAAAACGCUUGAUGAGGCUGGCAAAGUUGCGCUGCUUGAUAUACCCGGCGCUGAUCAUCUACAGUUCUCGAAAGACUGGUUUACCGAGAAUAUUGUCAACAGAUAUUUUCAAUAGAUGAACCUCAGUUUAUCUUCAGACCCACACAAUGACACGCAUUUAGUACUAAAGCUCCCGACCGUUCUUGUACACCUAUUUCCAUUGUGCUCGGUUGAAAUAACCGAUGUUUGAACAAGAAUUACUAUUUUCAUUAUCAAACAAAAAUCUUCGACGGCGUGUCGCUAGUGUUCGGUGGCGCCAUGAUAGGUGUAAACUUACCAGAAAAAAUUUUGCAAACAGUCAGUCUGAUCUAGACUUAGUGCACUCUGAAUAGACUUAGUGCUAAAAUUGAUAAAGAUAAGAUUUGCGCCAUCUUGAAUUCUACUUCAAUGAUUUUACUUUACUGAUCUUGAUUAGGGGGUGCCCAUAUUCGUACCUCUGUAUGUAUCAAGAUGUGGGUAUACCUCGUCAGUGGAUCUACUCGAUCUGGAACAGAUCGAAACAGGAACAAAUGAAGCUGUCAUUCGUACCUUUACAGUGAUGCAUAAUGAAUGCAUUAUAACCAAAAACUAAUAAAUGUAUUUGAUUAAUAGACAGUAGA